AGUAGUAGUAGAAGAUAAAGCCCUCUUCCCUUCCUAAAUCCAAUCAAUCAUUCUCUCUCUUCUCUUCUCUCAGAUCUCUCUCCUCAAUGCCCACUCUCCACAAAUUCAAGUUCCUCGCCACCCAAUGCGCCGUCGCCGGCAGCCCCACCCGCAGCCCCACCACCAGCCCCGUCAUCCACCUCCGCCGCCGCAAAACCCUCCGCAUGUUCCUCGCCCGCCGCCGCUUCCAUCCCCCGCCGCAAGAUCCGCCGCCCCUCCCAGACUCCGAGGCCCGCGUCCGCCACAAACUCAAGGACCUCUUCAUCUCAUCUCCACCGCCGCCACCCCUCAACGACGAAAAAACAAUCUUCCACCAUCAUCAACAACAACAAGAAGAUCAGCACGAAGAACUUCUCCCUAACUCCGCCGUGAGCGUCCGAUUCCGCACCGGAUCUCCCUUCCGGCGCGGCACAUCCACCGCCGCUCUCCGGCCGGUAUCGUCGGUCUUCCGCUACCGGUUACUGAGAAGAGCGUGGCGACCGGUGCUUGUCAGCAUCCCUGAGUAGUAGUAGCAGAUUUUUCUCUCUACUGUUAUAACUGUACGGAUGACUCCAAUUCCUAAUUUUUAUUUUUUUAUUUAUUUCAUUUUUUUUAAUAAUUCUCGGACAUAUAAUAAUGGUAAUAAAGCUUCUAACUUGCGCGGUGUGCGUUUUCUCUUCC